AUGCUGGAGGGCCUGGGGAUCCACACGAAAGUGGUGCAGCACAACGCCCGGCCAGGAACCCUCUAUGACGAGGCCCUUCGCUAUGAGAAGGGCUCGGCGAUUCUCUCGACGGGGGCCUUGGCAGCCUUCAGCGGUGCGAAGACGGGGAGAUCACCCCUGGACAAGCGGGUUGUAGAGGAGCCAAGCACCAAGGAUGACAUCUGGUGGGGAGCCGUCAACAUCCCGGUCUCGGAGUCGACCUUCAAGAUCAAUCGCGAGCGUGCCAUCGAUUACUUGAACACCCGGGAGAGGCUUUAUGUCUUGGACGGCUUCGCUGGCUGGGACCCGAAGUACCGGUACAAGGUUCGAGUGAUUACCAGCCGUGCCUACCAUGCGCUGUUCAUGCACAACAUGCUUAUCCGGCCGACGGCCGAAGAGCUUGCGAACUUCGGAGAGCCGGACUACACGAUUUACAAUGCCGGGGCGUUCCCGUGCAACCGAGCGACGGAGGGCAUGACCUCGGGCACCUCCGUCUCACUCAACUUCGCGAGCAGGGAGGUGGUGAUCCUCGGCACGCAGUAUGCCGGCGAGAUGAAGAAGGGCGUCUUCAGCAUCAUGAACUACCUCUUGCCAAAGCAGGGUAUCCUUAGCAUGCAUGCAAGCGCCAAUGCCGGCAAGGACAAGGGCGAUGUGACGGUCUUCUUCGGCCUCAGUGGCACUGGAAAGACCACACUUUCGGCCGACGAGCACCGGCUGCUCAUCGGCGACGAUGAGCACGCCUGGACGGAUCAGGGCAUCUUCAACAUCGAGGGAGGCUGCUACGCAAAGGCCAUUGGCUUGACCCGGGAGAAGGAGCCGGAGAUUUGGGAUGCCAUUCGUUUCGGGGCUUUGCUUGAAAAUGUCGUCUUCGAUCAGCGCACCGGCCGGGUAGACUACGACGACGUCAGCAUCACCGAGAACACCCGGGUGUCCUAUCCUCUUGAAUACAUCCCGAAUGUCAAGAUCCCAGCCGUCGCUGGGCACCCGAAGAACAUCAUCAUGUUGACCUGCGAUGCUUUCGGGGUGCUGCCUCCGGUGUCAAAGCUGACGCCAGCGCAGGCGAUGUACCAUUUCAUCUCCGGGUACACCGCCAAAGUGGCCGGCACAGAGAUGGGCGUCACUGAGCCUACUGCCACCUUCUCCGCCUGUUUCGGGGCUCCCUUCAUGGUGUGGCAUCCCGCCAAGUAUGCCGAGCUCCUUGCCGAGAAGAUGGCUCAGCACAACGUGAAUGCCUGGCUCAUUAACACCGGCUGGACCGGCGGAUCCUACGGAGACACCCGUGCCAUCAUCGAUGCCAUCCACGAUGGCAACCUCGCAGGGGGCGAGUUCGAGAAUUUCCCGCGGUUCAACCUCCAAGUGCCAAAGUCCUGUGCCGGCGUGGACAGCCACAUCCUUAUGCCCAACAAGACUUGGUCGAACCAGGAGGAGUUCCAGAAGGCUUCAGUCAAGCUCGCCACGCUCUUCAAGGACAACUUCAAGAAGUUCUCUGCAGGAUGCUCAGAGGACAUUCUCGCUGCAUCCCCUGAGUGA